GUCUCAGAGCGCGUCCUGUACACAUAGUUCGUCAUGAUGCGUGCUAGAUUUGUUUUCUGCUGUACUCUAUUGGUCGUCGCCAGGGCCGAUAUUCUGGAGGAGCAGGACGUGCUGGUGCUCAAGAAAGACAACUUUGAUGAGGCGCUCAAACAGAAUCAGUUUAUCCUAGUGGAGUUCUAUGCUCCCUGGUGUGGCCACUGCAAGGCACUUGCUCCAGAAUAUGAGAAGGCUGCUGGCAUAUUAAAAAGUGAAGGUUUAUCAAUACGCUUGGGCAAGGUAGAUGCAACAGAAGAGUCUGAUCUGGCUCAGGAGUUUGGCGUUCGAGGUUACCCAACAAUCAAAUUCUUCAAAAAUGGAGACAAGUCUUCUCCUAAAGAAUAUUCAGCUGGCAGGGAGGCAGCAGAUAUUGUCAACUGGCUGAAGAAGCGUACUGGUCCAGCUGCCAGUGCUCUGAGUGAUGAGGCAGCUGUUGCAGCUUUGGUGGAUUCCAGUGAGGUUGCCGUUAUUGGUUUCUUUAAGGAUCCAGAGUCGGAGCUAGCUAAAGUGUUUCUGAAAGCAGCUGAGGCAGUAGAUGAUAUUCCAUUUGGCAUCACAUCCAGCGAUGCAGCCUUCUCAAAACACGAACUCAGCAAGGAUGGCAUUGUUGUGUUUAAGAAGUUUGAUGAAGGCCGAAAUACAUUUGAGGGAGAGAACACAAAGGAAGAACUUUUGAGCUUCAUAAAGGCCAAUCGGUUGCCUCUCGUUAUAGAAUUUACUGAGCAGACUGCUCCAAUGAUCUUUGGUGGAGAGAUUAAGACUCAUAUUCUCUUCUUUUUGCCGAAAAGUGCUAUGGAUUACAAAGACAAAUUAGAGAAUUUUAAGAAGGCAGCCGAAAGCUUCAAAGGAAAGAUUCUUUUCAUCUUUAUUGAUAGUGAUCACAUUGACAACCAGCGUAUUCUGGAGUUCUUUGGCUUAAAGAAGGAAGAAUGCCCAACUGUACGGCUUAUUACUUUGGAGGAAGAAAUGACAAAAUACAAGCCAGAGAGUGCUGAUCUUUCAGCUGAGGCCAUUAAAGAGUUCUGUGACAGUUUCCUAGAGGGAAAAGUCAAGCCACACUUAAUGAGCCAGGAUGUUCCAGAAGACUGGGACAAAAACCCUGUGAAAGUAUUGGUGGGGAAGAACUUUGAGGAAGUGGCCUUUGAUGAGGAGAAGAAUGUACUUGUAGAAUUCUAUGCUCCAUGGUGUGGCCACUGCAAGCAACUGGCACCAAUCUGGGACCAGUUGGGGGAGAAGUAUAAGAACCACGAUAGCAUCAUUAUUGCCAAGAUGGAUUCUACAGUUAAUGAGAUAGAAGCUGUUAAGAUUCACAGCUUCCCUACACUGAAGUUUUUCCCUGCUGGACCAGGAAAGGUGGCUGAUUAUAAUGGCGAAAGGACCCUAGAAGGCUUUUCAAAGUUUUUGGAGAGUGGGGGGCAGGAUGGAGCUGCUGAUGAGGAUCUUGAAGAUUUAGAAGAUGCUGAUGAAACUGAUUUGGAGGAGGGAGAUGAAGUACAUACAAAAGAUGAAUUAUAAUAAUAAGACUUAACAUACAGAAGACACUAAGAGGGUGGAAGUCUAGAAAUGUUAAUUUGGCCAAGCUCUGAAAUUGCAGGGAAAUCUCGCUUCAUCAAUCCGUUUGUCUGAGAGGGAACUUUCAUGCUGUUUUGUUUAAACCCCAUAUUCAGUAAUUUGGAUAUCCUGAUAUCUAACACUUGAUGCUAUGUAAAACUUUUUUUUUUUUUUUGUGAGCUUUAUUGUGUGAUGGAAUGCAUGGCUGGUUAGGGCUUAACCUCCUAAGCUGCUCUGUUAGUUCCCCUAACUAAGGGCAUGGAUCUUUUUGUUUCGGUUCUGUCUUUAUCUCCCCAGCCCCCAGCUCUCUCCAUGACAAAUAUGGUCACUCUGCUAUAGUGGUUCAGUAUUUAAACUAGAAGGAAAUACUGGUUCCCUUAUCACUACUAACAAUGUGAUACAAGUGUUCACUGCUCCCAAAUUAUCCCAGCUCUGUAUAAAUGAAACUUCUGUCCUGGCUGGGACCUGACCCAUCCACCAAAAAAAGCGAACCAACAUUACAGGUUUACAGUAGAAUCUGCUAGAUUCUUUAAGCAUUCCAUCAUAUCUAAGUUGGAAAAAAGUGUUGGCCAAAUAAAAUUAAUUUUA